AGCAAGGGGAAUGAGUGAGAGAGAGAGGGAGAGAGAUAGAGGGGUGGGAGCGAACUGGCUAUGUAACCGGUUUAAUGGCAACACUUUUAGCCACAGCGUGACUGUAUCAUGCAUAUACGCUAGGAUUUUUAAAAUUCUUCUUCCCCCUAGACUGUUUACUGAAAUUAGUUGUACGACAGGUCCUAAAAUAAUCUACAGAGAAGAUUUCACAGUGGAUGUAUCGAAUAUGAUCGGCCAGGCAAUAGGGUCGGUCGAUAUGGCAUAACGGUUCAGAUAUCAGUAGGGUUGUACGGCGGCCAAAGGCGAGAAGAGCAGUGCCCUCGCAGUAUAAAUCAAAACACGAGCGAACCGUCGACUUCAAAAGCAUUUCGCCUCUCGGAAAUAAAAUUGCUGAAGCAGCGAUCCGACAGCAGCACGUCGGGCGGGAGUCCUAUUCUGAUUCGGACCAAGACAGAGACCACACGCCAGAAGCGGGGAGGACACACACAUCUAUUUGUCUUGCUUGACGCACGUUCUCAUUUCUCGCAGAUAUCCCGAAUACGGAAUAAGACAAAACACAAAGAGAAUGUGGAACAAUUCUCGACUUGAAGGCAACCACCAGGACCAAACACACUGAUUUCCCCUUGAUCCGACCGACCGGGCCGCAGAACGGGACGCCGCAACAACCAAAUAAGCCACCCAGGCCUCUGCUGGUUAUGAGCAGGGGGUUGGGAGAGAGGUGUGGGGACUUAACAGACAUACCACCCACGGCUGUAUCGUAGCCCUCUUAUGUAUCUGUUUAAUUAACAUGGACCGUAACCACUAGCAAGUCCAUUUUCAUUCCCGAAAUAUCCCCAAAACCAGCCUACUGAAAAACAAAUGCAGCAUUUGACCACAUACUGCAUUAGCAUAACAGAGCAAAACAUUACUACUAGCAUAACAGUAUUAACAUAACUAGCAUAACAUUACUAACAUUUGUGUUCUGUUGACAACACUUACACGCUGCCACAUUUUCUAAUGAUAUACCUUCAACCAUCUAGCAGCGAGUGAUAGUUGGAAACUCGGCUACCAUAGCUUUGGAAGUACCCUGCGUAGAUCAGUCAUUCAACCUUUUCCCACUUGUCAAGUGGUUUGAGGGAAGUAGUGAGGUACCUGUUGACACACACACACACACACACACACACACACUGGAACCAUGCUGAGCAUCCUGGCUGCUGGCUCCAUCUUCUUCCCGGGCCUGUUCCUGCUGUCUAAGAGAGGUCUGAAACAGACUCCAGGCUUGGGCUUGAGCGAGGGAGACGCCACCAUCGUGUCUGCCAGGCUGGUGUCAUCCAUCCAAGCCAUCAUGGCUUCCUCAGCUGGAUACAUCAUCGCAUCCUCCUGUGAGGACAUCAUCGAGGAUCAACACUGGCUUACCAGUACCUACAUCCUGUUUGCGGUGCCCUACUUUGCGUACGACAUCUACGCCAUGUUCCUGUGCUACUGGCACAAGCUGCAGGUCAAAGGGCACGAGGAGGAGGGCGGCAGGCCUAAGCCAAUGUGCUCGGCAGUGACCAGCUACCUGCGCAGAGAGUUCCUCAUGGUGCUGCACCACGUCGUCAUGGUGACCAUCUGCUUCCCCAUCUCCGUGUUCUGGAGGCAGGGAAAGGGCGAUUACUUCCAGGGUGUCAUGUUCAUGGCUGAACUCAGCACUCCUUCCGUCUGCCUGGGGAAAAUCCUCAUCCAGUACAAGAAGCAGCACACUCUUCUUCAUAAAGUAAAUGGCGCUCUCAUGCUGGUCACUUUCUUCAUCUGUCGAGUUCUGCUCUUCCCCUACCUCUACUACGCCUACAGCAGGUAUGCCUCCAUCCCCCUCUACACAGUGCCCUUUGGGGCUCCCUGGCAGUACAACGUGGGGGCCUUCUGUCUCAUGGCCCCACAGGUCUACUGGUUCACCCUCAUCUGCAGGGGCGCCUUCCGCCUCUUCACCGGGGCCUCGCGCUCCCGACCCCCGGCUGCACUCAACAAGCAAGAUGGGGGCUGCUACCCCGGCCAGGGAGCCCCUUUACCUCCCCCAGCCAACGGCUACAGUCCCGUCCCCCACCAGUCAGACAGAGAGACUGACACGCACUGAGAAAGAGAAAGAAAGAGGGAGGCAGAGAUGGAGAGGAAGAGAGAUCACUGUGGGGACGGGGCCAGCCAGACCAGGCCGGGGGAGGGAAGACCGAGGUCUGUCAAGGGAAUCUAUUGUACUGUGUUGCAAUGACACUGUAACCUAGGAGAGAGGGAGAGAGAGAUUGUUUCUCAUCCUCUACCACUCUCUCCCUCCCUCCAUUGUCCCUUUAGAGUUAGAUGGACCUCUGGAAGAAGAGCGAGACAGAUUGAAAUAUGAGAGUGUAAAGAAAGAAAUGAAUAAGGGAGAGAAAUGGAAGCAUAGACAGAAAGACUUGUGAAAGGGCAAGUAUUUCAAUAUUACGUGUCUGUACACACUGAUUUCAAACUGAAUGGGGAGGGGGGGGUGAAUGGAUUGAAAAGCAGAAGGAUGAGAGAACACAUUGACGAGCAAUAGUGAUCGAGUGAUACAGAGAAGAAUACAGGCGGAUUAAGCAAGAAUGAUCAUCUUAUUUGAGUUAAAGGAAUAGAUUAAAAAAAAGUAUUCUUCUCUUGAAAGAGAUUCAACUGCUGUUCAAGAUUUAGGGAAGGAUACAAAAUGAAUAUUAAUGUAUAGAAAUGUGUAGUAAAUGAUUAUUUGGUGACCAGUUGAUUUUGGUGGCUGCAAAAAGGGGGACAAAGACAAUACCAGUAUUUCAACUUGUGAUCCCGGUCCUGUAUUAUUUGUCCACCAAGAUGAUCCACUCGGGGUCCAUUUGAGCGGGUCUUGUCUUGGGACAUGACAGAUGGACACGGCAAACAGCGCCUCUGGUAUCGCUUCGUUCAGCCUUCUCUCCCCUCUGAAAUGGCCCUUCUCCCUUUUCUCCUGUUGAGACAACGAAUGUGGGAGGAGGGGAAUGGGGGUUUAUAACAGUUGGUGAGUAAAUAUCAUUUUAGGUUUUUUAUACUGCUCUCAUUCAAAGCAUUUUAUUUAUUUAUUAAUGUUGAUCGUUUUUUUAAUUUUUUAAAAUGGUAUUUAUGCGUUGUGAUUUUUCUCUUGUACUCACUCCCCACUUCAAUCAAAAGAGGAGAGGGAGAGAGAGAGAGAGAUCGAAUGUUGAAUUCCUAGAUGAUCUGAAGCAGUAUUAUGAAGGAUUUCGAGAAAGUAAGUUGGUGUCGUGUGUUCAACGGCAUGGGCGGAAUUUGAAGUCGAUUUCACUGGCAGCUGGUACUCUCUUUUAUGCAUUGAGGGAUUUGUGCGAUAGGACCUUUUUUAGAAGAAACACAUUGACAAUGCACUGAAAGAAGGGACUGAUAAGGUUGGAUUGGGAGGGGCAAACACAGGUUCCAAGUUCUCAGUUUUUUCCCGCCACUAUUUCAACCACCAUUUUGUUUUUACUUGUGAUUUUAAUUCUGUUUUGGCGCCGUUUACUCAUGUUGACAGCGUGCAAUGGCACCGAUGUAGCUCAGGUUGGGUCAUGACACCCCAUUUGGGACGAAGCCUAAGUCGAGAGGGUUGAAAUGUGGUCCUUGAAGCUCAAUCCCCAAGGUGAACAAGACCUUGAACACUUGACCACUGCCUUGGGUUGUGACUUGGGAGUUGGCUGACAUUGGGACUCUACUAGCCUGGUCCCAGAUCUCUCUACCGGUACAUGGAAGAAAAGUGAACAGAUAGAGGGACUACUGUAUAAUACGCUGGACUAUUACUUAAAUGCAUCGGGCUGUUUUCUGCUGCAUGAUAGGAAUGAGAGAAUGGCUUUUUUGACCAUUGGCCAAUAUUAACCUGGGAACACUGUAACUCUUAACUUAGCUACUAUUUACAAUGGUCAGUUAUGGUACUGUUUAAAAUGGCUUAUUGGAGGACUUAUUCAUCUCCGCACCCAGAACCAAAUCAGCUACUCGAUUUUAAUAUUUUGAAAUUUUUAUGAUAGAUCUUUUUUUUAAAUUCUUUAUAACUGAUUUAAAGGCACCGAUUUAAAGGUACAUUGGCAAAUUGUAUGAUCGACAUUCUUUUCCAUGCAAAAUAAAAGUAGACCUAAGCCUCCGGCGAGGGACAAACUGUGGAGUUGAUCAUACAAAUCCAAUAUCAUUCCUCAAAAAGGAGUGAUAUGUUGACUAAUGUCCGUUGUAACAAAGAUUAGGGUCGAAGUUCAGCUUGACAUCGUGAUUGAAAUGUAAAAGCAGUGUUCCUCAUCUGACUGAAAGAGGUCGCUGAAACUGCCACUAUAAAUAUCAUUUGCACUCGAUGGCAAAGUUAAGUUCCAGAAGAUAUGCUUUGACUGAGAGGUGUUGGCGUUAAAAGACACGAUGGUGACAAUUUAAGCCAACGCGGUAUCUUCUUCUAAUGUCUACUGUUGCAACUGACCCCCUCUAGUCUAUUAUAAAUGAUGCCUUCAUGUUAAACCCUAUGAGCAAAAUAAUGUCUUUCCACCUAUUUUGCUCACUGGGGAGUGUUAACUCCCAAAUGAAAAUGUCAUUCAUUUGACCAGUUUUACAUGUCCUCUGUCAUGUAAAAGUAUUACAACAACAACAAAUCUUCCAUAUUGUUUGUUUAUUUUAUUAAUUUAUUUGUAUGUGUCUAUUUAUCGAAUGGGUUUGAAUGUACAUACGAAUACAUGUCUAAAUGAUAUAUAUCCUGUACGUAUGGGUUUGUUGACUGCUGCCUGACUAACUGUGGGCUCUACUGUGUAAACUCCUGUCUGUAUCUGAAAUGACAACCUGUUCCCUACAUCGUGCACUACUUUUGACCAGGGCCUUGUUAAAGUAGUGCACUACAGUAUGUAGGGAACACAGUGGUGCUGUUUUGGACGCAGAACUGUUCUGUUGGCUGACAUAUACUCUGCUCUCCUCUUCUGCUCUGACUACCAACAUGACAUCGGGAAUCUACCAUUCUAGCACCACUGCACUGCUUUUGAAAAGAAGCACCGGUCUCAUCGUGGUGAAGAACUUUGAGCGAAGUUUUGCUUUACAUGCAACAGAUUGACCAAUAAAAUCGUCCCCCAUUGUUUGUGCAUUAAGGAGAUUCCUGGAGUCCGUUUAUU